AUGUUAGGACAAGCGUCGCAGUAUGUGCUCUACCUUCCAACGGCUGCACUAGCUGCCGUGGCGCUCUGGCUAGCUGCACAGCUCGUCCUCAAGCCGCGCAAGAAUAGCUUACCCCCAGGUCCACGGAGGCUCCCACUCAUCGGUAAUGCACUCGAACUUCGCAAGGGAAAGACCAUGGAGGAAAUGAUCGCUCUCUGGUGGGAACAGUAUGGGAAUAUCGUCUACGUCAACAUCUUCGGGCGCGAGAUAGUUUUUAUCAAUGAUCUCGGGAUGGCGCAAGAACUUACGGAGAAACGGGGUGCUAUUUACAGCGACCGCCCUGCACUCCCUAUGUUUGAACUCCUCGGAUGGAAAGAUACUUUGAUCACUAUGCCGUACGGAAAUCAGUUCAGAAAGCAUCGGCGAAUGAUGAACGCGGUUUUGUCGGAGAAGGCGGUCGACUCGUUUGGCCCUGUUCAAGCAAACUCUGCGAUCCUCUUGGUCAAACUACUCGCAUCCGACGCCGGAAAGGACUUGGAGGUACACAUCAGCACAUAUACGGCCUCAACUAUCAUGAAAAUUGCAUACGGUCAUGACGUUAAGUCACUCGAAGAUCCCAUAGUAAAGAUGUCUCUUGAAGCCCUGACGAAGACUCUUGAAUUCGGAACCGUCUCGACAACAAUACUGGACUUCAUUCCAGCUCUCAAGCACCUCCCGACCUGGGCGCCAGGCGCCGGGUUCAAACGCCGGGCACUCGCCCUCCGCGGCAAGGUCGAGCUGUCGCAGUCCCUCCCAUACGAGCAGGUCAAGCAACAGAUCAGGAACGGGACUGCACCAGAAUGUUUCGUAACUACCAAUAUCCAGGACUGUGGAGGGCUUGAUAAUCUAACCCCGCAAGACGAGUCUGAUAUCCAAGGCGCGGCUGCUGCACUGUACACCGCUGCUGAGGAGACGACUCUCGCCGUCGUGCACUCGUUUUUCUUGGCGAUGCUCUUGAAUCCGAAGGUGUACAAAGCAGCGCAGGAGGAGAUGGAGCAGGUUAUCGGCGUCGAUAGACUUCCGAAUCCAGAUGAUAUGUCGUCCCUUCCCUACCUCGAUGCCGUCAUGAGAGAGCUCUACAGGUGGACUGCACCUACAUCGAUCAACGCUCCGCACAGGGUCAAGGAAGACGACGUCUACCAAGGGUACUAUAUCCCCAAGGGCGCGAACGUUAUCGUGAACAACUUCGGACUGCUGCAGGCGUGUCCUGAGCCAGAACGGUUCCUCCCCGAACGAUUCUUAGAGGGAACGAAGCUCGGUUCGGUGCCCACAAACCCACGAGACGUCGUCUUUGGGUUUGGACGCAGGCGUUGCCCAGGAUGGCACUUCGCUGAUCGCUCGGUCUGGGUCGCCGUCGCGCAUGUUACGGCGCUGUUUGAUAUCAUCCCGGAGGUCGACGAGAAAGGGCAGAAGAUCAUCCCGCCUCAGGAGUUCGGUACCUCCAAUGUUCGCCACCCCAAGCACUUCCCGUGCCGUGUUGUUCCUCGUGCAGACCGGAAGAAGCUCUUGGAGAAGGUUUUGGACUAA